ACCCAAGCGAGCGACACUGACAGCUAGGGUUUGGGCCGUAGCUCGCCCACCUCGAUUGACGGAGGAGGAGGUGAUGCAUUGAUUGACCGCUAGUCUCCUCUGGUCCCCAUCCUCCAUCGGGCCCCAGCAUUGCCCAUCCACCACGAUUAACAAAAGUUUCUUCAAUUUUCCGAAAAGAUGGGCAAUAAUUCUGGGCGGCUGGUGGAGUGAAGUAAUCCAGCUUCUGGAGCCAGAGCUCGGUGGAAUCCUUUUCAGGAAUUGGAAGAAAAGUAACCGCAAUGCGUUGUUUUUCUAUUGUAGGAAUAGAAUCAGGUUUAGUAUUUGGGGUUUAGCAAUGGCUCGUUUUGCUGCAAUCAUCAAGUGUCACUGUCAUCGUCUCCACAAGCCAUUGGAGCUUUUGAUGUUCCUCUGUGUUUUGCGUUUAGCUCAGAACGACGCCGUUUGGGGAUACGAUGUGGAUAAAUCUGCUCUAUUAGAGUUCAAGGCGGCGCUCUCAGAUCCUUACGGAGCGCUGAGCACCUGGGAAUUGAAUGGCUCGGAUCACUGCUCCUGGACUGGGGUUUUUUGCGAUUCAAAUUAUCGUGUUGUAGCGUUGAAUGCUCCCGGUGGAGGUAAGUCUCGGCCAUGUGCUAGAAUUGCUCACUAUCCAUUUUAUGGGUUUGGGAUUAGGAGGAGGUUUUGUGUAGGUAGUAAUGGAAAUUUUUUUUCUGGUAAGCUGUCUGGGGCUGUUGCAAAGCUUAGUGAGCUUAAAAAUUUAUCUCUGCCGUUCAAUGAAAUCAGUGGGGUGAUUCCUGAGGAGAUAUGGGGAAUGGAGAAGCUUGAGGUUCUUGAUCUUGAAGGGAAUUUGAUUUCUGGCUCUUUGCCUGCACAGUUUAGUGGAUUGAAGAAUUUAAAAGUUCUUAACUUGGGAUUCAAUGAGAUUGCAGGGGAAAUACCGUCUUCUUUAUCUAACUGUGUUGGGCUUCAGAUUCUGAAUUUAGCUGGGAAUCGAGUGGAUGGAUUGAUUCCAGGGCUUAUUGGGCAGUUCAAAGAUUUGAGGGGGCUUUACUUGUCCUUCAAUGGACUUAGUGGUUCGAUACCGACUGAGAUAGGGGAUAAUUGUGGGAAGCUUGAGCAUUUGGAUCUUUCUGGGAAUUACUUGACUGAAGGUAUUCCAGAAACUAUUGUAAAUUGCAGAGGGUUGAAGACUCUGCUUCUGUAUUCAAAUUUGUUGGAGGAGGAUAUUCCUCGAGAGCUUGGUCAAUUGAGUGUGUUGGAAGUGCUGGAUCUGUCAAGGAACAGUUUCGGAGGUCCCAUACCCAUUGCCCUUGGUAAUUGUACGAAGUUGUCUGUCCUUGUGCUGUCUAACUUGUGGGAUCCUUUUCCAAAUACUUCUGCUUUGGAAAGCCAUACUGUCAAUGACUACAAUUUUUAUUUAGGUUCGCUACCGGAAGAAGUAAGUAGUCUUUCCAGCUUGAAAAUUUUGUGGGCUCCUCAAGCGAUGCUGCAGGGGAAGUUUCCGGGUAGUUGGGGUUCCUGUGAUAACUUGGAGAUGCUGAAUUUGGCUGAAAACUUUAUCACUAGUGAAAUUUCUGAGGGGCUUAGCAGCUGCAAGAAGCUGCAUUUCCUUAAUGUAAGCUCCAACAAACUUAGUGGGGAGGUCAGCAACAAGAUCCCCGUUCCAUGCAUGGUUUUGUUCGAUGUUAGCAGGAAUCAUCUGUCAGGUUCCAUCCCCAAGUUUAACUACACAUCUUGCAUUCCUGUACAAUCUGUGCAUUGGGAUGCAUUAUAUCCUUAUGAUCCAUCAUCUGUUUAUCUGUCAUAUUUUGGAUAUAGAACUAAGAUUGAAACAUCUUUGCGGUUAUAUGGAGCCAGUGAUAGCUUUUCAGUAUUGCACGAUUUUGGCUCCAACAACCUUGCUGGCUCCCUGCAGGCAAUGCCUGUUGCACGUGAAAGACUCGGUAAGAAAACAGUUUAUGCAUUUCUUGCUGGCCAAAACCAGCUUAGUGGAAGCCUUCCUGGAACAUUCUUUGAGAAAUGUGAUCAUGUUGGAGGUAUUAUAGUUAAUGUCUCAAACAACAGGUUAUCUGGUCAAGUUCCAAAUGGUAUUGCCAUGCUGUGCCAGACUUUGAUUCUAUUGGAUGCUUCUGGAAACCAAAUUACAGGGACUCUUCCUCCCAGCAUUGGAAAUCUGGGUUCACUUGUUGGUCUUGAUUUAAGUAGGAAUCCAAUGCACGGUUCAAUUCCUAGCAACCUUGGCCAAGUAAAGUUUCUCAAACAUCUAUCACUCUCGGGGAUUAACCUAAAUGGUUCAAUCCCUGCAAGCAUGGGGCAACUAAACUCUUUGGAAUAUCUGGAUCUGUCUUUGAAUUCAAUAUCAGGUGAAAUUCCUAAUGAUCUUGCGAACUUGAGGAAUUUGAAGGUCCUUCUCCUGAACAAUAAUAAGCUCUCCGGACAGUUCCCUGCUGGAUUGGCAAAUAUCUCCACCCUGUCAGUCUUUAAUGUGUCUUUCAAUGAUUUGUCUGGAUCGUUGGCUGUGGACAAUAGUAUGAUCGAAUGCAACAGCAUCCUUGGGAACCCUUCUUUGAAUUGCCUUGCACCAUCUUCUUCUUCUCCUUUGAUGGAACAAGGAAGAUUAGGAAACACACAAAAUGAGGCAUCUUCCACCCCAUCAACACCGUCAGGCCGAAAACAAGGGAAAGAUGGCUUCAACUCAAUUGAAAUUGCCUCUAUAACCUCUGCAACAGCCAUUGUUUCUGUGCUCUUUGCUCUUAUUGUCCUUUACUUUUACACCAGAAAGUGGAAACCGGGUUCCCAGGUGUGUGGAACUGCCAGGAAGGAAGUAAUCACCUUUAUUGACAUCGGGGUUCCAUUAACGUAUGACAUUGUGGUGCAAGCUACAGGAUGUUUCAAUGCAAGCAACUGCAUUGGCAGUGGUGGGUUUGGUGCGACCUACAAAGCUGAGAUUGCUCCAGGUGUCCCUGUUGCCAUAAAAUGCCUUGCAGUUGGGCGUUUCCAAGGUAUUCAACAAUUCGAUGCAGAAAUUAAAACCCUGGGCAGACUUCGUCAUUUUAAUCUUGUGACUUUGAUAGGGUAUUAUGCCAGUGAAACUGAGAUGUUUCUUAUAUAUAACUAUUUACCUGGUGGCAACCUCGAAAAGUUCAUACAGGAACGAUCCACUAGAGGUGUUGAUUGGAGGGUACUCCACAAGAUUGCCUUGGACAUUGCUCGUGCGCUCGCCUACUUACAUGAUGAGUGUGUACCACGGGUUCUCCACCGUGAUGUGAAACCUAGCAACAUACUGUUGGAUGAGGACUACAAUGCAUAUCUCUCUGAUUUCGGACUAGCCAGGCUUCUUGGGACUUCAGAAACUCAUGCCACAACAGGGGUUGCAGGAACUUUUGGAUAUGUUGCCCCAGAAUAUGCAAUGACUUGCCGUGUCUCUGACAAGGCUGAUGUUUAUAGCUAUGGGAUUGUGUUGCUAGAGUUGAUCUCUGACAAGAAGGCACUGGAUCCAUCCUUUUCUUCCUUUGGAAACGGUUUCAACAUUGUGGGUUGGGCAUGUAUGCUCUUGCGGCAAGGUAAUGCCAAGGAAUUCUUUACUGCCGGGUUGUGGGAUGCAAGCCCGCAUGAUGACUUGGUUGAAGUAUUACACUUGGCUGUGAUAUGCACAGUCGAAACUCUCUCCACCAGGCCCACGAUGAAACAGGUGGUCAAACGUCUAAAACAACUUCAACCUCCAUUGAGUUAGCUGUACAGAAAGGAGUCCUUUAAUUUUACAUAGCAGUCUGUAGAAAGGUAAGCCACUCUAACAAGUGAUCCUGCACUUUUUUUGGAAAAGUGCUUUUUCGGUGUCUUCUUGCUGUCCUUAGCUUAGUUGUAGCUGCUUGUAUAUUGUGUUUUCCGUGUUAAUUCACAGUUAAACAGCCUUGAUGUAGAAUGAAAAUUCUUGUUUUUUGCAGUG